AUGCGGUCGCUUAACAAGUCGGCGGGCGAGGAGGAGCUGACUGGCCUGAAUGGCAACUCCAGCGACUCCAUCUAUACCAUCAAGAACAAGUGGAUCACCGACUGGAGCCUGCGCAGGGAGCGGGAUAAGCUGUGCAGCUUCCUCUUCAAGCGAGUCCUGACCCACACGGAGUGCAAGCGCCUGCUGGAGGCGGCCAAGAUCUAUGGCGAGAGCAGUGACUUCAACUCCUGGCCGGUCAAUGAGCAGCUGCAGUGGUACCGGAACUUCGAUGUGAACAAUACCAACCUGCUGCUGGCUGUUAGAAAUCAAUCCUCUGAUGGCGGCACCACCAUGUCGGGUUCCAAUUCCGACUCGGAGAUCCUUGGUCCUGUGCUGCCACCAUUUGCCCUGUGGCAGACGAUCCUGAUAGCCAUCUGCCUGGCCAUCUGCAUCAUUCUGACGGUGGGCGGUAAUAUCCUGGUGCUACUGGCCUUCAUCGUGGACAGGAACAUUCGGCAGCCCAGCAACUACUUUAUUGCCUCCCUGGCAGCCACGGACAUGCUGAUAGGAACCGUGUCGAUGCCCUUCUACACGAUAUACGUGCUGAAGGGCUACUGGGACCUGGGUCCGAUGCUCUGCGACCUGUGGCUCUCCGUGGACUACACGGUCUGUCUGGUGUCCCAAUACACGGUGCUGUUGAUCACGAUAGAUCGCUACUGCUCCGUGAAGAUCGCCGCCAAGUACCGCAGUUGGAGGACAAGAACCAGAGUGAUCUAUAUGGUCACAAUCACUUGGAUCAUUCCCGCUCUGCUCUUCUUCAUCUCGAUCUUUGGAUGGGAGCACUUCACCGGCAAGCGGGAUCUACUUCCCGGCCAGUGCGCCGUUCAGUUUCUCAAGGAUCCGAUCUUCAACACGGCCCUGAUCAUUGGCUACUAUUGGACCACGCUGAUUGUGCUUUUUGUCCUGUAUGCCGGGAUCUACAAAACAGCCUACGAUAUGCAGAAGCGCAGUGAGGCGAAGCAACGGAAGAUGCAGUCCAUGGUGGCCCUGAGUGCUGGAGCCAUGUCCGGAAUGGCAGGACAUGCAGCGGGCAUUGGUGUGAUUGAGGAGAAAAUCCUGAAGACCAAAGUGGAACUGGCGGGCGAUCAAACCGACUUGGAUAGUGCCUGCACCACAGUAAUCAAGAGAUUGAGUGGUUCGGGUCAAUCGAAUCCUCUGGCCGUGGCCACGGAGGAGGUGGAGAAGAUGACACCGGAACAGAGGAGAGCGUCGGCCGCCAAAAUCCAGGAGGAGGCGAAGAAACGCGAGGCAGCCGUGGAUGCGGAAAAGAGCGAGAGAUCCAGCAGUCCGGCCUUCGAUUCCGACGAGGAGUCGUCCGUCAACCAGGCCCAGCAGCUGAUCACCCAGCAGAAAUUGAACAACAUGAGGAAGCGGUCGUCGAUUGGUCUGGUCUUUGGGGCACAGGCCGCCCUGCUGGCCACGCGGGGCAAAGGUAACUUGCAGAAGAGCACCACCAACUCCAAGUCCAUCGAGGCCAUGCACCAGUACCACCACCACCAACAGCACCACCACAACCAGAGUCCGUUGCAGCGGGCGCAGAGCAAGGAAGAGGUGCGCUCCCUGCACCACCAGAACCAGAACCAGCAGCAUCCGCACCACCAGCACCACCAAAACCAGCCGAACCCACCGCUGGACAGGCCCAAGCGCACAUCCUGCUCCACCCUGUCCCAGAUAGCCGAGCAUGAUCGCUUGGUCGACCUGUCCGCUCCACCAACACUACUCCACGCCAGUGAUCCCCUGUCCCCCGUGGACUUGGCCCCCAUCGAGGUGCCCAGUGAUGAAGUGCAUCAGAGUCUGGUGCAAACCAUAUUGCCACCUCCCGACGCCUUUCAGUGCCCCAGUACCCCGAUCUCCGAUGACUUCUCCGAUCGCCCCUUUGGCAAUAGUUCGGGCAACAGCGAGCUGGCCCUGACCUAUGACCUAAUGACGAACUCGGAGCUGCGGUACAUGGACGAGAGCUCCGCCAUGCUGGCCAGCGUGACGGCCAACUCCACGACCUCCCCGAACGACAGUGUCCAGGGGAAGCCACCAGUCCUGCCUCCGCCACCGCCCGCACGUCGAAAUCCACCAAAACCGAACCUGAACCCGAACCAGAGCCUAAGUCAAACUCCCAGCCAGAACCAGAGUCCCAGCCAAAGCCUCAGCCUCAGCCUCAACCUGAAUCCGAAUCACAACCAGACUCAGAGUCAGAGUCAAAGUCAGAGUCAGAGUCAAAGUAUCGAGGAGGCGGUGGCCAUUGAAAAACGUCUUCUCGUCUCGUACACAGGCAUCGAGGACUUUGCCAAGGUGAGGCGGGAGAGCUGCAUCGAGGCCAUCUGCCUGCUGGAUGUGCCCGGAAAGAUAACUGCGGACUGUCCCCAUCGCCGGGCCUCCAGUCCCAUGGAAACCAGCAGCAAGGAUGCCAUACUCUAUUCCCCGAUGCCGCCAAUGCCACUCUCACCCAAGGUCAAGACUUCAACGCCCCAAACGGGAACGCCGCAGUCGGCGACGGCAGCUCCACCGCCGGUGCCACUGGAACGGAUCGAGGAGCGAGAAACCUCGGACAGCAAUACCAACAAGAUGCCCUCCACCUCGGGCACCACCAGCAGUACGGGCGGUGUCGGCGGAGGCGGGGAUCAAGAUGGUGGCGGUUGCGCCACCAAGAAGAAUCCGGAGCAGGACGAUGCCAACAGGGAGGAGAAGAGUUUGGCGGCCAGCCGAAACUCCAGCAAGCGGGCAUUCAUCCACUCAAUAGGAAAGCACUUCAAGAGCAAGAAGGCUCUACCCCUGAUCCUUGGCGUGGGUGGGCGGCAGAAGUCCAAGUCGGAGAAUCGUGCCCGCAAAGCGUUUCGCACGAUCUCGUUCAUCUUGGGCUGCUUCGUGGCCUGCUGGACACCCUACCAUGUGCUGGCCCUCGUCGAGGGAUUCUGCCGGCAUCCGCCCUGCAUCAAUGAGCACCUCUACAUGUUCUCGUACUUCCUCUGCUACGCCAACAGCCCGAUGAAUCCCUUCUGCUACGCUCUGGCCAAUCAGCAGUUCAAGAAGACCUUCACGCGCAUCCUCAAGGGGGAUCUGCACAUGACCUAA